AUGUCACUACCAACUUCAAGGUCUGUCUCUGAUUCGUAUACGUCCUCCCUCAAUCCUAGUUCACCUAUAGCCUACUCUUACCAAUCGCCUCAUUCCCGCUCGCCAUCCCCUUCUAGGCUCAGUGGGCCCGAUUUAUCCAAAUACACUCCUUCACAAUCGUCAGGACGAAGGAGAUCGACCUCUAGUCAAAAGACCAUCGUACGGCAUCUACGGCCAUACUUGACUCCCAAAAUCUUGACCUCAGUCUUUCUCUGGACAGUAGCUCUGUUGAUAAUACACCGGUAUAUCUUUCCUCUACCGCUGCCCAGCCUUACGAUCAACACACUGGGCAAAUCAGCCGAUCACCAUUUAUCGUAUCGAUUCCCCCAACCUCCACUUCGCACUGGUGACGAUCUCCUGGACUCUGUAAAUCCUCUCUGGCGACCUUUCGCCCCCUUACCCCCUCCGGACCCACCUUUCCCGCGACUGCGACCGACUAAAUUCUUGCCGCCUCGUUGUCUGGAACAAUGGUUCGCGGAUGGAGAGACACUCUGUGGGAAGGGGGAGAUGGGAAAAGAAGAGACACUGGAUGCCACCUGGCUAUGGGUGAACGGCUCCGAUCAUCGUUGGCGAGAUAGUAUGGUACAUUGGCGUACGGUGGAAGGCGUAUAUUCGCCAGAACACCACUUCCGUGAACAAAACGAAUUGGUUCAUUCCAUGCGGUCUGUUCUUGACGCCCUACCCGGUCACCUAAACACGUUUCAUCUCAUCGUAGCAGAUUAUCCAUUUGAUGUUCCCGGUGACAUUGGUUUACUGCAUGACUCCAUCAUUCCAAGCCUUGAGCAAGAAGCUGCCUUGCAUGAUGCUCGACGUCAUCCUCGUGGUCGACAAGUCGACGAGGUCUUGAAUACCAACCCAAAUAUAACGGAAAGAUUGGUGGAGGCUCUGUCGCCUGCCUUGGCUGCGUAUCUGACCGAGACAUGGCGUGUGGCGCAAACUCCUUCAUGGCUGGAUUUUUCUCGUCGAGACAAGACUAGUCCGUCGCAUCCCUUUCAUCCCUUUUCAGCUCAUAAAUACAAAGACGGUCGAGGGGAUUUAGUACGGGCAGAGGCCAAUUAUCCUACGCUGCGUUACGCAUCCCAUACAGAGAUCUUCCAUUUACCCACUUUGGACAGGGACGGGAUCACAGAAGAAUUAGGAGAGCGUGAAUGGAAAGAACGAGAGUGGCGUAAGAAAGCACUCCCGUCUUUCAACUCAAUGGCUAUAGAAAGUCGAGCCGAUGUCACCUUAUCACUCAACGAUGAUUUUUUCCUUUUGAGACCUCAUGCGGUAUCCGAUUUUCAUUCGCCGCUGUACGGAUCCGUGAUACGAUUUGAUCAUGGCUUUUACCAACAAGUCCGCCCGAUUCUCGACAAGAGUCGUUUCAAUGAUGCAGGAGAAGUCGGUGGGCUGUAUCAUGCCAAUCAUCUCCUUUCCCAAAGGUUCCCUCGACGUUUACGGCCAUACUUUGCGCAUGUACCCAAAGUCAUCACAAGGGGUUUACACCAUGAAGCGAGCUUAAUGUUCAAAGAGCCGUUGGCGGAGAGCAGUCAGAGGCGUUUCCGAGAGAUGAUGUUAGGAGAGGGAGAUAUACAAAUGCAGUGGCUGCUUACAUCCUUGAGGGACGAUGAUGUUAUCAAAAUUGAAGUGCAUCGAGGUGAAAGAUGGACUUUGGAGCCUGGUCGAAUGGCGAAAGCCUUUGAACAAGCAGGAUGGGAAGCGCCAAAAGCGACAGAAUUUCUGUUUUCUUCAAUGGAUGGUCAUAUGCCUCCAAUUUUGAAGACUGGUACGGAUCCAUCCGUUAAUGAGAGGUAA